AUGUUUUCUACGAAAAUUGGCCUUACCUUGGCCUUUCUAUCCCUAUAUGGACUUAGUCAUUCUAAGAGCCUAAUUACUUCCGAUACUUACUUCUAUGGCUGGUCUGAGCCUGUAUACCCGUCACCAAAUGGCACUGGGUCUGGUGAUUGGGCGGCAGCUUAUAACAAGGCCACAGCUCUGGUUUCGCAGAUGACCUUGGAAGAGAAAAAUAACUUGACGUACGGAGUCACAGUCACUUCCAACGGAUGUGCUGGAAAUAUUGCCGCAAUUACCCGUCUUAACUUUCCUGGGUUGUGUCUUCAGGGUUCAGGCAAUGGAGUCCACGAAACGGACUUCGUGAACAGUUAUCCAUCUGGUCUCCACAUAGGCGCUAGUUGGAACAAGUCUCUUGCCCACGACAGUGGUUGGCACAUGGCUGGCGAAUUCAGAAAGAAGGGCGUCCAAGUGGCUUUGGGACCUGUAGUUGCGCCUAUUGGAAGAACCACAACCAGUGGAAGAAUCUGGGAAGGUUCUGCCUCUGAUCCGUACCUCAGCGGAGCAGUUGCGGCAUCAACGGUACAGGGAAUGCAAGGUCAAGGUGUCAUCUCGAGUGUCAAGCAUUUUGUCGGCUAUGAGCAAGAACUAUACCGCAACCCUACAACGAACCCCGACAAUGAGACCGUGGAGUCUAUUUCCAGCAACAUCGACGAUAAGACAAUGCAUGAGCUGUAUCUGUGGCCUUUCCAAGAUGCGCUGAAAGCGGGUGCCGGGAAUAUCAUGUGUUCAUAUAACCGGGUCAAUAACUCCUAUGCCUGCCAAAAUAGCAAGACCCUCAAUGGAUUGCUCAAGACAGAGCUCGGAUUCAAUGGAUUUGUCGUAACAGACUGGGGUGGCCAGCACUCGGGUGUGGGAGCCGCUUUGGCUGGUCUUGAUAUGGCUAUGGCAACUGGCAAAUCUUACUGGGGUAACGAUUUUACUAAAGCCAUUAAGAAUGGCAGCGUGCCGAUCUCUCGUUUGGAUGAUAUGGCAACCCGGAUCAUCGCGACCUGGUACCGUAUGGGCCAAGACGAAUCGAGCUAUCCUGCACCUGGAGUGGGAAUAACACACAAUAUUAGCAUGCCGCAUGACAUUGUCAAUGCUCUCACUGCCGACGCGAAGCCCGUUCUUUUCGAUGGUGCUGUGGAAGGCCAUGUGUUGGUCAAGAAUUUGGACAACGCUCUGCCACUCCAGUCACCGAAGUUGAUCUCUGUCUUUGGAUACGACGCUGUGGCUCCGCCUCAGUACAUACCCAAUAGCAAGCUUUUCAGAGAUCCCUGGGAAAUAGGCUUAGAACCAGCUGUGUUCCAGCUGGCUGCGGCUGCUGAAAUUGCUAGCAUCAUAGACGAGCCGUACGAUUAUCAGGUUGCUUUCAACGGUACACUUCCUGUCGGCGGAGGUUCCGGUGCCAGCGCUGGUCCUUACCUCAGUGCUCCUCUCGAUGCCCUUCAGCAGCGAGCGUAUGAGGAUAGCAGUGCCGUCAUGUGGGAUACUUCCUCUAGCCCGAGCAUGCUGGGCGUGAUGCAAGCAUCAGACGCCUGUCUCGUCUUCAUCAACGCUUUUGCCACCGAGGGCGUAGACCGUUCAGGAGCAAAUGACGACUAUUCUGACGAACUGGUCAAAAAUGUCGCAUCAACCUGUGCAAACACGAUCGUCGUCAUUCAUAACGCCGGACUUCGUUUCGUGGAGCAAUUCGUUGACAAUCCUAACGUUACCGCAAUCGUAUUCGCCCACCUCCCCGGCCAGGACUCCGGUCGAGCAAUCGUGUCUCUGCUCUAUGGAGACAGUAACUUCAGUGGAAAACUCCCCUAUACCGUUGGCAAGAAUGAAUCCGACUACCCAGCGUUCUUCCAUGAUUAUGCUGUCAAACCUUACAAGCUAUUCCCACAGUCCGACUUCACCGAGGGUAUGCUUAUCGACUACCGCCACUUCGACGCCUAUGGUAUUACGCCGCGAUACGAAUUCGGUUUCGGUCUUUCGUACACCACAUUUGCUUUUUCGGACCUAAAAACCUCCCCCGUAAAGUAUGGCAUCGCUGCUUAUCCCAGCGGUGCCGUUGAGCAAGGUGGCGCUGUGGAUCUGUGGGAUUCAGUCGCAACCGUCACAGCUACGGUCAAAAACUCUGGGAGCAAGGCCGGUGCUGAGGUAGCCCAGCUCUACGUUGGCAUUCCCGGUGGUCCUGUGAAGCAACUUCGUGGCUUUGACAAGGUCCAUAUUGCGGCCGGCAAGUCUACUAAGGUUGCUUUUCAUCUGACCCGGCGCGAUCUCAGCAGUUGGAAUGUUAUUACGCAGAAGUGGGAGUUGCAAAGUGGAAGCUAUAAGAUCUAUGUGGGUUCUUCAAGUCGGGAUCUGCCUCUGAUAACCACUAUGAAGAUUGUCACAGACUCGGGCUCUUGA